AUGAUAGCCUUCCGAGCCGGUCUGAGAGCUCGUUCGCUCCCUGCAUCCCGCUGGACCCAGCGUCCUUCGGCCUUGCUACCAAGACGGACCGAACGUUUGCCCAACACUGUGCGAUAUGCCUCGGAGUCAGCUCCAAAUGCUACUGCGAAUGCGGCUGCAGCUGCGGAAACAGUGAAGGAGGCACCCAAGGAAUUGGCCAAGCGUACGACUCGAAAGUCUCGAAAGGGCCGUUACGCGACUGGUUUGGCUUUGGUGUUGCUUGUGGGUUAUGUCUAUGGAACUGAUACCCGGGCGAGCAUUCACCGGUAUGCCAUGGUGCCUCUGAUUCGAGCGGUAUACCCUGAUGCGGAAGAUGCACACCACUUUGGUGUGGAUAUCUUGAAGGAGCUGUAUCAGUAUGGGCUUCACCCCCGGGAGCGGGGUAAUCCAGAUCGCAAUGGUGAUUUGAGUACUGAGGUUUGUAUUUGGUCUUCAUAUCCAGACUCAAUUGAUUACAAUAGACUAAUAUCUUCUUCUCGUUUUAAGGUUUUCGGACAUACUCUUGCCAAUCCCAUCGGUAUCUCUGCCGGUCUAGACAAGCAUGGCGAAAUCCCCGACCCUCUAUUCGAUCUCGGCCCUGCUAUUGUCGAAAUCGGUGGUACAACUCCUCUUCCCCAGGAUGGAAACCCGAAACCACGCGUGUUCCGUGUACCCUCACAAAACGGUAUGAUCAAUCGGUACGGUCUCAAUUCCAAGGGUGCUGAUAACAUGGCCGCUAUUCUCAAACAACGUGUGCGCGAUUUCGCCUACGCUACCGGCUUCGGCGAUUACGAGAACGUCGAGCAGCGUAUUCUGAACGGCGAAGCCAAUGUGCCUCCAGGAAGUUUGGUUCCAGGCAAGCUGCUCGCUGUACAGGUAGCCAAAAACAAGCUCACACCCGACAAUGACAUCGAUGCUAUCAGUCGCGACUAUGUCUACUGUGUUGAUCGUCUAGCUCAAUACGCAGAUAUUCUCGUCGUUAAUGUGUCCAGCCCCAAUACUCCCGGUCUCCGCGAUCUGCAAGCUACUGCACCUUUAACAGCUAUCUUGACAGCUGUUGUCGGUUCUGCAAAGAGCGUUGAGCGCAAGACCAAGCCCCACGUUAUGGUUAAGGUUAGCCCAGAUGAGGACUCAGACGAACAGAUCUCCGGUAUAUGCGAGGCAGUCUGGAACUCUGGUGUAGACGGUAUCAUCGUUGGAAACACUACUAACCGCCGCCCUGAUCCGUCUAAGUCUACUCUCCCAGAGAAGGAGCAGCAGACUAUGAAGGAGACAGGCGGCUACUCUGGCCCUGAGCUAUUUGACCGUUCUACUGCCCUGGUUGCCCGUUACCGCUCCCUCCUUGAUCAGGGACCGUCGCAGACUUCCGAUGCUGCAGCUGAGCAGGCCCCGGCUGAGCAGCCUCGCAAGGUGCUCUUUGUCUCUGGUGGAAUCACCAAUGGCCAACAGGCCCUUGCAGCUCUCAAUUCCGGUGCCUCUGUAGCUAUGAUGUACACUGGUAUCACAUAUGGCGGUAUCGGCACGGUGACUCGGGUUAAGCAGGAGAUGCGCGAGGAGCUGCAAAAGAAAUGA